UGGAUGCUAGCAGAACAAGUAAACCAUUGAGUGUGAGGAUGGAGCGUGGGAUGGUUCUCUGCCUGUUCUGCUGCCUCCCUUGCUGGGUGUCAGGUUCCAGCCAAGUCCAGUGCUCUGCGGAUAAGGGUACUGUGCCAGUAGGGGGCAGUGUAACCAUGCGGUGUAAACUGAACUCAGACUGCAAUACACAAGACAUCCUGCAGGUGACCUGGCGCAAACAGUCGGGAGAGUUUGCUGGGACCAUCGCCACCUCCAGCCGGAGUCAUGGGCAGAGGUUCCUGGGUCCUUAUUCCAACAGGAAAGUUCGAUUCGCAGAAGAAAUACAAAAUUGUUCCGCCAUUACCAUUGGCUCAGUGACCCCAGGAGACCAGGGCUGUUUCCAGUGUAUAUUCAAUAUCUACCCGCUGGGGGCCUCUAUGGGCAGCGUCUGCUUGGACAUCACAGAAGCGAGCAUCUCAGAUCCUAAGAUGGAAAUAAAUCUGGAUUCAAACAAUGACCAUGUUAUCAGCUGCUCAGCAACUGGGAAACCUGCCCCCAAAAUCACAUGGAACGUAACAAGGACCCUGGAACAGAACCCUCAGAACUACAGUAUCAAUCACCCUGACCAGACAGUCACAGUCAUUAGCAACUUCACCCACAGAACCUUGGGAAGAAUCCAUGUGACCUGUGUUGUACAUCACCCCUCUCUCAGCAGCGACAUUGUCCUCUCCAAGGCUAUAGAGGAUUCACAAUUUUUUGAAACGUCAAACUCCCUCUCCAUGACAUCGCUCAUGAUAGCUGCCAUUGUAGCCGCUAUCCCCAUCCUGAUAAUAAUAUUCUAUGUGAUUGUCCAUCUGUGUAUGAAAGAGCACAUCAUUCACAAGAUACACAGUCACCCUGGGACUCAUUUCUGCUUCCUUUCCCGGAGAUUCUUGUAAUAGAAAUUCUUUGCAUACCAGAAGGGAAACAGUUAAGUGCAGUGGCGCAACUAUGGGGCUUCCCCCCUUCAAAAUCUUCAGAGGGGCCCAUUGUGCAACGCAACACAAUUGCGCAUGUCCCCACUCCCUGCCUGUUUUCUCUCAGAUAGGCAGUUGUGGAGGGUGGAGAUCUCUGCAGCCAGUGUCGGACUGGGCCGGUGGGACACCGGGGAAAAACCCGGUGGGCCCCGGGCUCCUGUGGGCCCCGCCGGCCCAUAUCCGCCUCUUCGUGUCGCGACCCCUCUUUGUCAGGUGUCGCGGUGAAAUGAAAAUUUUGCACGUGCGCACUGAUGUCACACUGCACUCAUAUGGACAAACCCGGCACCACUUGCAUAUGGAGCAGCAGGGGACCCUGGGGCAGUAGCCCCGGUGGGAUCCAAGCCCCCCAGUCCAAUCCUGUCUGCAGCUAUAGAGGAAAUAGACCCUAUGGCUCCACCCCCUCCAUGACGGCAUGUGCAGGAUCUGCUUCCUCUAUAUUUACACCAGUGACAUUGCAAAAGAUGUAAUUCAAGGAAACGCCUUUCACCAUUAAAUAAAUCACAUGACCAUUCUGGUGCAGUCACUUAAAAUUUAAAUUGGCCCAUUUUUAAAAUUCCUGCUGUAAUCGAACCCAGAGCAGGGAGUGAUGUCACACCAAGCUAAUAUGGCAGCCGCUAUCUUAAACAAACAGAGCUUCUAGAGAUG